AUGACAAAUAUUUUAAACCGCGUUGAUACAAAGCCCGAAGAAAAUGAAAAAGGAACACCUGGUCCCGGCAGUAAUGUCGGUUGCAACCAAACAUCAACAGGACCCAAUAAUUCGGCUGUCGUGGCGCUUUUUCCCAACACCGCAAGCUCUUGUUCCUCCACAGAAGAUAUAUUACCUCAGAAACCACCGACAAAUACACCAGCAUUGGCACAAGGGCCUUCUUCUUCAGUAAUUACUCAGCAGCUGGGACAGACUCAAUCAAAUGAUCAUCCGUCAUCUUCGAAGGCGGCAGUUCUCCCGGGUUUAGAGAAUAAUGAAAUCAAUCGAUUGCCCGAUUGUAAAUCAGAAAAUAAGACAAGCCCCGAGGUCGAAGAGGGUACAGCCUCUUCUUCUUGUAAUAAGGGAACUGGAGAAGUAAGUUGUGAUACUGUUGUACCGCCAACUUCAACAGGUAAUAAUUCUGCUGCUGUUGAAAAGAUUGAAGCAAAAGAAGAUGAAAAAGAGAAGAAUAAUCAAGCCAGUUCUGGAGAAAAACGGAAACUAGAAGACGAUGGAAGUGAUGAGCAAUCCUCUGCCAAACAGAAAAGUGAAAAACACGAAGAACGUCUCAAAAUGCAAGUUCUUGUAUCAAAUUUUUCUGAAGAUCAACUUAAUCGUUAUGAAAUGUACAGGCGGGCUGCAUUUCCUAAAGCAGCCAUCAAAAGGCUAAUGCAAUCUAUCACUGGUUCCUCAGUUUCACAGAAUGUUGUCAUUGCAAUGUCAGGUAUUGCAAAAGUUUUUGUAGGAGAAGUUGUUGAAGAAGCCUUGGAUGUUCUGGAACAGUGGAAGGAUAGUGGACCUCUCCAACCAAAACAUCUUCGAGAAGCUGUGCGUCGACUCAAGCAUCACGGACUUGUACCUAGCACCAAAUAUAAAAAUUCUUUCAAGGUUCAAAAGUUUUUCUUUUCUCUCUUGAGUAGACAAGGUUCUCUUUUUGGUCACCAAACUCCGUUCUUUCUUCACUUAUUUUCCUCCCGUCCGCCUGGAUAUUACGCCUUUUCUUUUACAGCCGCUAGAAGCUCCACACUCCACUUAUGGACUUCCUUCCAACUUUCUUUUCUGUGGCUUUUUCAAGAGGACUUCUCAAAACUUUCUCUGAAGGGGAAACUUGCACUCAGCAACUUUGUUACCCAUACAUCCUUUACUUAUGGGCAAACGCUCCUGCCUUUUCAGCAGGGAGAGAGAAAACGAACCUCUUCUUUCUAA